AUGUCUGACUUAGAUUCUGGCCGUCUUCCUACGACUGUACGCCCUAUCCACUACGACCUCACGCUAGAGCCAGACCUAGAAAACUUCGUGUUCCAUGGCUGUGUGAAAAUCAAGAUCGAUGUGCUGAGAGGUACAAACUCCAUCACUCUCCAUGUAGUAGACUUGGCAAUCCAUGAUGUCUGGGUUUCCGAUACUGAGAUUCCGUCAUCGAAGGUGCGGAGAGAUGAAGAGAAACAUAUUUUGAGUGUUUACCUAGAUGAGCCUCUAGUCUGCGGCCAGACAGCAACCAUUUCACUGAAAUUCAAGGGAAUACUUGAAGAUAAACUUGCGGGCUUUUUCCGCUCCAGCUAUACAGAUGAUAAUGGUCACAAGCAAUUCAUCGCCGUCACACAUAUGGAACCGACCUAUGCCCGCCGAGUAUUUCCAUGCUUUGAUGACCCAGCACUCAAGGCGACUUUUGCGGUGACUGUGAGGGCAGCUGAGAAGUUUACUUGCCUUAGUAACAUGGACAUCAAAUCAUCACGAUCGCUAGGCAACGGCAAAAAACAAGUGGUUUUUAGUGAGACUCCUCCUAUGUCGACGUAUCUCGUUACGGUUGUUGUUGGUGAUCUUGUGGUACUGGAGACUGAUAGCUACCGCGUGCCCGUCCGUCUGUUUGCUGUGGCUGGUACUGAACUCGAUCGCCUUGGGGCAUUUGGACUUGAUCUCUCGGUGAGAACGCUGGAUUUCUAUGACAGUGAAUUCGACAGUCCAUAUCCGCUACCAAAACUAGAUAUGGUGGCGGUUCCGGACUUUACGGGUGCAAUGGAGAACUGGGGUCUAGUCCUCUACAACGACGCUCGACUGUUAUUUGACCCUAUAUCUUCUCCAGUGUCAUAUAAACAACAGGUGACCAUGCUUGUUUUACACGAGCUGGCGCACCAAUGGUUUGGAAACCUAGUAACCAUGGAGUAUUGGGAUGGUCUUUGGCUCAACGAAGGAUUCGCGGAAUGGAUGUCUUGUUAUGCUUGCAAUGUUUUCCAUCCUGAAUGGGACGUUUGGAAGAUGUUCGUUGCGGGAGACCUUCAGCGGGGACUAGCUCUGGAUGCAUUGCGCAGCUCCCAUCCUGUCCAAACACGUAUACAUGGGGAUAGCGAUAUAGGUCAGAUUUUUGACGAUAUCUCGUAUACAAAAGGGUCUUGCAUCUUAAUCAUGAUUGCUCGGGCUCUUGGUGAAGACUCAUUUCUACGGGGAGUAAGAGCAUAUCUCAGAAGACAUGCGUACAGUAAUGCCAGGACCGAAGAUCUGUGGAUCGCGCUAUCUGAGACAAGUAGUCAAGAUGCGGUAAACAUCAUGGAAAUCUGGACGCGCAAGGUGGGAUUCCCUGUCCUGACCGUCACAGAGGAUGAAGAGUCAAAAACAAUUCAUAUUCGACAGAGUCGGUUCUUAUCAAGUGGAGAUCUUGAACCUGAUGAAGAUGAAACUAUCUACCCUGUUCCUCUAGCCUUCCAUACUACUAAUAAUGAUAUUGAUAUGGAUAUCAAACUCAGGACCCGUGAGGCAACAUUCAAUGUUACGACUCUGGAUUUCUUCAAGCUGAACGCAAACCAUUCCGGAUUCUACCGCACGGCUUACUCGCCCGAGCGACUGAAGAAGCUUGGUCAAGUCACAAAUUCCCCCUUGUUUACUGCUGAGGACCACGUGGGUCUCAUAGCAGACGCAGCUGCUCUAGCAGCAGCAGGCUAUCAAAAGACAUCUAGUGUGCUUGGGCUCCUCGACAGCAUUAACCAAGACACCGAAUAUAUUGUCUGGAGCCAGAUGCUAGCGAGCAUAGCUGCUAUUCACGCAGCUUGGAUCCAAGUUCCACAAAUAGAGAAUGCUUUAAAUUCUCUGGAAUGCCAAUUAAUCGGUACCAAAGCUCACCAUUUGGGAUGGGCCAUUAGCGACAAUGACAGCGAUAUAACCCGCCGAUUCAAAACACUGCUGUUUUAUAAAGCUGCUCUCGCGGGAGAUGAGAAGGUAAAGAAAUCUGCAGAAGAUAUGUUCCGGCAAUAUCGUGCUGGCGACCAAUCCGCUAUCCACCCCGACUUGCGUGAAGCAGUCUUCGCCUCUAUGAUAAGUACAGGCGGGGAAGAUGAAUACGAUGCUAUUUUAGACUUGUAUUAUACGGCCCGAACAAGCAAUGAACGCGCCUAUACCCUCGCAGCCCUAGGUCAUGCGCGCAACCCGGAAAUGAUCCGCCGUACAACCACAAUGCUUUUAAAUGAAGUGCGUCUGCACGAGAUUAUCAUACCGCUGACCACACUGUCAACGCAUUUAAUUGGAAUCUCAGCGAUCUGGGACUGGUUUACGAGUAAUUGGCCCGUCAUUAAAGAGCGACUAGUGACGGGCCUGGUUAUGCUUGGCAGAGUUAUACAGCUCUGUACGAAGGGGUUCACUACUGAAGAACGAUGGCAAGAAGUUAGGAUGUUUUUUCAAAAUAGUCAGAUACAAGGGCUUGAGAAGUCUGUACAGCGGGCUUUGGAUGAGAUCCGAACCAAGAGUCGUUGGGUGAAAAGGGACUCGAAGGAUGUUACGGAAUGGCUUGAAGAUACGGUCGUCAAAUUUUCCUGGCGAUAUGAUGAAGAGCCCAUUGAGCUUCGCCUCUUACAGCGAGCACAGGAGCGCAACGCUUGGGGAGUCAUCCAGUUCCAAGGAUACCAGGACCUGGUGAGCAUCGCUGAGCUUCGGCAGGGGCUAGAAUUCCCUCAACCCUUCGUCAAACGGACUUUCUCAUCCUCCAUUCGCAACGUCGCUAUCAAGAAUCUGAUCAUUACCACGCAGGAUAGCACCAAUAGCCCCAAGGGUGUCUUGCUCGAUUUCAACUUCGUGCUUGAUCUUGACCACGUUCGUCCGAUUGAGCCCAUGGUUGGAUCAGAUGGGUUCAUGGCGAUUGGCAUUCUCACCGGACAGCGGCAUACGUAUCGCCAUGACCUAGAGUCCCUGUUCUAUGUUUUUCUCUGGAUCGCUAUUGCCAACGACCACAUCCAUAACGAGGUAACUGACUUUAUGCAAGGCCUACCAGAAACAUCCCGACUCCCAAAGUGGUGCACCAUGGACUUCGGUGCGGUCGGACGGGAUAAGUCUUUAGACAUGAGUCCGGAGGGCUUCGAAGAGAUUCUGAACGAGUUUUCUUCUGAAUUUGCGCCUCUUCGUGGUCUGGCUAAAGAACUACAUGCACUUAUUUCCCCUGUGCGCGGUGGGCAGAUCUUUACGGGUACGGACACGGACUUGGUGGCUGUGCAGAACCUGUAUGACGGGAUGGCGGAUGCGUUUAAUCGUAGUGCCCUAGCUUUCCAGAAAUAA